AUGAGCGGAACCGACUACUCAUACGACGAGCAGGGCCAAUUUUUCCCCUUCUUCGUCCUCACUGUCGUCGGAAUAGUCACAGUUCCCUUGACAUACUCUGUCCUCAAGCCAAGGUCCGAUCCCGGUGCAACUGCCCCUCGAAUAAAGUCAGAUUUCCGGCCCGAGCAUGCAGACUUGGUCGAUAGCCAGAGAAAGGCACAGAGGAGGAAGGAGAGAAAGAUCAAGAGGGGAAUCGCAGUGGUGGUAGGAUGGCUGGUCAUGGCUUUCAUGGCCUACUUGAUCGUCUCGACAGCGCGAACGAUACCGAAGCUAUGGAACCCGUACGACAUCCUGGGGAUCAAAGAUUCUGCCACAGAGAAAGAGAUUAAGUCGCACUACAAGCGCAUGUCACUGAAAUACCAUCCGGAUAAGAUUAGACCCGACCCAGCAAAGAACCAAACUAUAGAUUCUCUUAAUGAAUUCUUCGUCGAGCUUACGAAAGCCUACAAAGCGCUCACAGACGAGGAUAUCAGGAGAAACUACCAAGAGUUUGGUCAUCCCGACGGCAAGCAAAGCUACAGCAUCGGAAUCGCUCUCCCGAAAUUCAUAAUCACCGACGGCAAUGGAAAAUACGUUAUCUUGGUAUACGCGGCUCUACUAGGUGUCCUCCUGCCAUGGCUGGUGGGAUCUUGGUGGUACGGUACACAGAGAAUGUCCAAGGAGAAGGUUUUGAUCGAGAGCGCCAACAACCUAUUCCGGGAGUAUGAGGAUGGCAUCACAGAGAAUGGCAUAAUCAGCGCCUUGACUACCGGCUUGGAAUUCCAGGCCGCAUUGAAGGGAGACAUUGCGGAUUCGGGGCUAUCGAAGUUGGAAUCGAGGAUCUUCGCUGAGGGAGAUGCCACUCCCCUUGCCGGAGGCCUAAAUGUUAAGGAUCGCACGAAAAUCGAGGACAUGGAAGGCGGUGUUAGGAGAAAGGCAUUGGGUCUUCUAUGGGCUUAUCUAGGCCGAGUUGAGUUGGACGAUGUUGCUCUGAACCAAUCGAAGGUCGACGUAGCCCCCGUCGCCCAAGCUCUCAGUAAUGCUUUUGCCGUUAUUGCUCUCGCAUUCUCUACGACCGGUCCAAUCAUGGCAUCAUACUCGACGACUCAACAUUUGAUCCAAGCUAUCUAUCCUGGCGGAUCACCACUUCUUCAACUCCCCUAUAUGACUCAAGCGAUUGCCCGAGCAAUCGAAGGCGAUUCAAAAACUCACCUGACUCUUCAACAGUACAUGGAUUUGCCAGAGGCAUACAGGAAGAGACUGUCUGUUGGAAAAGGCCUCCUCACCAAUGCCCAGUACGCAACCGCCAUAUCCGUCGCCAAACAGCUACCUCAUCUUCAUGUGGCAAAAGCUUUCUUCAAGGUUGUUGGAGAGAAGUCUAUCACCCCGGGCUCACUGGUAUCUCUAGUCGUUAAAGGUCGAUUUAUACCCCCUGGAAGCGCAAAUGUUCCCGAAAUCAACGAACUUGAUCUUGAGGACGUAGACCCAGCUGAGGACGAUGUCGACGCCAUCAACGGCCGACCAUCAAAGGACAAGGAUGGUAAGACGAUGAAGGAGGAGAAGCCAGUACAGCCUCCUCUUGCUUUCGCACCAUACUUCGGCCGCGAGUACUCGCCAAGAUGGCACGUGUUCCUCACAGACAGCAAGCAAGGAAAGAUUGCCGUUCCACCGUUCACAUUCACGACUUUCGACAAACCCAUCUACGACGAGAGCGGAAAGCCCACGUUCAAUGUGCAAACGCUCAAGGCUCAGUUCCAAGCUCCUCCUUCAGCUGGCAACUACACCUUCGUCUUCAACUUGGUCUGCGAUUCGUAUCUCGGAUUCGACACUAAGGCUGAGGUCACGCUCGUGGUCGCAGAGGCUAGUGAGGCUGCUGAAAUUGUCGAGGAAGAUGAGAUCAGUGAGCCUGAUGAGGAUUCCAUCGCAGGCCAAAUGCAAGCCCUCAAGACCGGCGGCACCGCUCCCACCUCCAAGAAGAAGAAGAAGCCGGUCGUUGAUGAAGAGUCCAGCGACGAGGAGAGUAAUACGGAUGGCGAGGUGGACGACGAUACCAGCGAGACAGACACGGACACUGACGAGGAAUGA